AUGGCAUCGACAUCAGUGAUAACGUUCCAUCUGGAAUACAGAGCAAACUCAUCAACCCUGAUUCCCGAGAGACUGAGCUAUAAAACUUACACUCUCUGCAUGCAAAGACGGGGGUGUUUUCCAGGUAUUCCUUCCUAUUUUGUUCAGGAUGUUUUCCAGUUCAAGCUUGUUUGUGCAAUAUCACUCAAAACUACUUCUUUGAUAAACCAAGAAGUUUCUGAUGAACUGCUGAGAAACAUGAAGGAGCAAGCUCAAGAAUUCUUUGCUCUUCCUUUACAAGAAAAGAAACGAUGGGCACAGAAACCAGGAAGCCUUGAAGGUUAUGGCCAAGCUUUUGUUACUUCACCACAACAAAAGCUAGAGUGGAAUGAUAUGCUCUUCCUCAAAACUCUUCCCCCUUCAAUCAGAAACCAGAAUUUAUGGCCUCAAAAACCCCAGAAAUUCAGAGAAACAUUAGAGACUUAUUCUGAAGAUAUGAGGAAAGUGGCGAUUUCUUUAGCAACGUUCAUAGCUAUGGCACUUGAAAUUGAGACUCAUGAAGAAAUCUCCAGGGCUAACCAAGAAGGAACAUAUGAAGUGAGGAUGAAUCUGUACCCUCCUUGUCCUGAAUCUGAGCUAGUGAUUGGCAUUUUGCCACAUGCUGAUAUCAGUGGAAUAACUCUCUUGCUUGAGUGCGGUGACAUGCCAAGAUUACAGGCUCUGAAAGAUGGACAAUGGGUCACUGUUUUACCUAAACAUGGUGCUAUUGUGGUAAACCUAGGCCACAUCACAGAGGUAUGUAACAUUUAACCUGAGAAGUCACACAGAUCAUACAGGUUUGUUGAGCGUUUGAUUGAUAAUCUGUUUGGUGAAAUGUGCAAUUAUGAGCAACGGCAUUUACAAAGCACCAGAUCAUAGAGCGGUUGUGAACAGAUUAAAGGAGAGACAGUCAAUUGUUAUAUUCUGUUAUCCUAACACAUCUUUCAAUAUUGGACCUGCCAAAGAGCUUACCAUCUCAGGAGAUCCACCCCUAUACAAAACCCUCGCUUUUGCAGAGUAUAUGCACAACUUUUUCAAUCGGAGGCUCGAUGUUUCUUUCAUUGAUGUGCUCAAAAUAUAAUUUUGAUAGAGAUCUAUCCUCUGAGUUGGUUUCAAUUGGAAUUUUAGGAAAA